AAAGGCUAAAACUAUAGUAGUACAAAAUUUAGUUCAAUCAAAAAAAAUCAAUUUAUGAAAAUUUUCAUGUUUCCCACUUCAGUUCAAAUCAGCCCUCCAAAAAAGAAUUAAUUAUACUUUUAAUUACAGCAAUUAUUUGCUAAUUUUUCUUGAUUUUAGUGUUGGAUCUCAACUUGUGUGAGUUGCAAUUCUUGACUUUUUUUUUUUCCAAGUUUGGGAAAAAAGGGAAGUGGGGUUUUGUUUAUUUUGGUGAAUUUUGUUGGAAAGUUGGUGGCUUUUUAGUAAUUUGAGUUGUGGGGUUUUGGGAAUUUGAAGGAUUCUUGAAGAUUUGGAGGUAAUUAUUGUGUGUUAUUGAAGUUUUGUUGUGUUAAUUUGUGGUAAAGAUGGGGUUUUUGGUAGGUUCUGGACCUGAUUGAAAUUGGGGGAAAAGUUAGGGGUUUUAUGGUAAUUGGGUGUUUGUAGAUUGUAUUUGUGUUUGUGGGAUUGGGAAAUUUUAAGGAUUUUUGAGGGUUGAAGCUAAUUGUUGUGUGUUAUUGAAGAUUUGUUGUGUUGUUUGCGGUAAAGAUUGUUUUUAUUUUUUUUGGGUUAAUUUGGUUGUAAGUUGAGGUGCUGACUGGAAUUGGGGAAAAAAGUUAGGGUUUUGGAUUUGGAAUUAGGGUUUUGAAAUUGGGUGUUUGUGUUUGUGUAGAAGAAGAAUUUGAAGUUUUUCUCUGAAGAAGAAGAGGAUUGAAGCUAAUUGCUGUGUGUUAUUGAAGUAUUGUUGUGUUGUUUAUGGUAAAGAUUGUUUUUUUUUUGGGUUAUAAGUUGAGGUCCUGAUUGAAAUUUGGGGAAAAAGUUAGGGUCUUGGAUCUGGAAUUAGGGUUUGGUAAUUGGGAAUUUGUGGAUUGUGUUUGUGUUUGGGCUGAAGAAGAAUUUGAAGUUUUUCGAAGACGGAGAGAAGGUAGUGAAAUUUUGAGGAUUCUUGAAGAUUUGAAGCUAGUUACUCUGUGUUAUUUGGGGAAAAGUUAGGGUUUUUGGUAAUUGGGUGUUUGUUGAUUGUAUUUGUGUUGACGAAGGAUUUGAAGUUAUUUUCGAAGAAGCGGAGAAGGUAGAGAAAUGUUUUACUCACAGUUCAUAUUGGCCAAAAAGGGUCCUUUGGGAACCAUAUGGAUUGCAGCACAUUUGGAAAGGAAACUUCGGAAGAAUCAAGUUGCUGAUACUGAUAUUGGCGUCUCUGUAGACUCAAUUCUUUCUCCUGACGUGCCAAUUGCAUUGCGGUUAUCUAGCCAUCUUCUGGUUGGAGUUGUGAGGAUAUAUUCUCGAAAGGUGGGUUACCUAUUCGAUGAUUGCAGUGAGGCUUUGCUAAAAGUCAAGCAAGCUUUUCGCUCCGCUGCUGUGGAUUUACCACCCGAAGAAUCUAAGGCUCCAUAUCACUCGAUCACCUUACCAGAGACUUUUGAACUUGAUGAUUUUGAAUUGCCAGACAAUGAGAUUUUUCAAGGUAACGUGGACCAUCAUAUUAGUUCAAGGGAGCAGAUCACACUACAAGAUAACAUGGAGGGCGUGGUUUACUCAACUUCAAAGUUUGGAUUGGAUGAGAGAUUUGGGGAUGGCGACACUUCUGGUUUAGACCUUGAUGAGGAAUUAUUUUUGGACAAGGUUGCUGCUGCUGGAGAUGCUAGUGGGAGUGCUGAUCCUCAAGCAUCUGUUGAACCAAUGACACCAAUCAAACAAGAAGAACACCACGAAGAGAUGGCUGCAAAUUCCGAGGUUGUGUUCGAUGGAGUUGAUGGAGAUGCUGAUUUCAUGGAUCAUGCUCCAUGUACACCUGGGUUGGCGGAAGAACCCAACUUGUCUAACAUUCAGGAAAUAUCAGCAUGCGAGGACCAUCUAGGACUGGAAGAUCAUCAUGUGACGGAAUAUGCUGUAAAAGCAAAUUCAGCGAAUCUCUCUUUUGAAAAUAAUGUGAAUAACGGGAGUGAACUUCUAGAAAAUCAGGCAUUAACUGCUGGCUCGAAUGCUGAACAGCCUGUAAAAGGAUAUUCAGAGAAUCUCUCUUGUGAAAAUAACAUGAAUAACGGGAGUGGGAUUCUAGAAUAUCAGGCAUUAACUGAUGGUUCGAAUACUGAUAUUGUUCACUCUGUGGCUGCUGAGGAGAAUGGUCACCAUUUAGGCAACAGGUGCGACAAACAACUGGUGCCAGAUUGUCAGCUGCCUCCAAGUGGAGUUGCAAAUGUUCCUGUGUCGUCAAGUGAUCCUGCUGUAGCACCUGGACUAUCCUCUGCUGCUGUUGAUCAGGUUAAUGCAAAAUCAUCUGUACUAGAAUGUCCGGAUAAGAUUGUUGCUGCAUCUGAUGGUCAAACAAAUGAGAGGAGCUUGCAGUGCAUGCCUUCUGGCAUGGACAAGGUUGAUGUAUCUACCCCUGGUGGCUUCCCCAACGAGGCUCCAUUUCCAAAUGGAAUUAGUUCGACAAAAGUUGUCCAUGAUGUUUCUGCUUUAAGUAGCAUCUGCCAGCCAGUUAAUGAAGAUAUUUCACUGAGUAAUCAGAGAUCACCUGAGGCAGUCUCAAAUAAUGUUGCAAUUCCAGGAAACUUGGAAGCUGGUGAAUCCCAAGAUAGAAAUUGCUUAGAAACACCAAAGACCGUUGAUUGCCCGGUACAAAGUGUUUUUGGUGAAGACGCCAGCGCUGCCCAGGUUCAUUUUCUGAGUCGAUGUAAUGCUGCUCAAUUUGAUGCAUCGAAAUCGAGCUGUGAGCAUGUUUUUAAUCACGAGCCACCGUCAAAUUCUUUUGGUUUCCACCAGCCAGAAACUUUUAAGGAGGGGGAAUUACACCCUAAAGGUUAUUUAGAACAAACCUUAAAAGAAAAUCUCAUCAAAGAACCUGUUCUGUGCGAAGACAUUCGGAAAGAUUCUGACAAAUCAACUGAUCAAGUGGAUAAUGUUGUUCAAGAACAACGCCGCAUAGACAUUAUGAGCAGUGCAGCUGCUUCUUCCUUGCCAGCUCCUGAAAAGAUUUUAUCAAUGUCAGGAGGACUUGUUGAUUUACCUAGGAGUAUUUUUCCAGAGGCUACACCGGAUUACUUGGUGGGGAUCAAUGAGGCUGAUGCUGGCAGUAAAUUCAUUUCAGGAAAGAAACGCAGUUACACUGAGAGCACACUAACAGAGCAGAGUCUCAACUCAGCUGAAUCUUCAAGGAUCGUCCGUUCCAAAAUGUCUGUGGGAUUUGUUCCUGAUGAUGAUGAUUUGCUCUCUUCUAUACUAGUUGGAAGAAGAUCUUCAGCAUUGAAGCUUAAGGCUACUCCUCUACCUUCUGAGAUUACAUCAAACAAGCGUGCCCGAUCUGCUGCCCGGAUGAGUGCCAGUAAAAGGAAGGUUCUUAUGGAUGAUGUCAUGGUCUUGCAUGGAGAUAUGAUAAGACAACAGUUGAUGCAUUCUGAGGACAUUCGUCGCGUAAGGAAGAAAGCUCCUUGCACACAUGCUGAAAUCUCAGCAAUCCAGAAACAGUUGUUGGAAGAUGAAAUUUUCAGAGCACCAAUAUUAACUGGUUUGUCAGUGGAAUUGGCUUCUUUACAUAAUAAAACAUUUGACUUGAGUACAGUCAAGGUGGUCUCUUCUAGUGAUGUUAGCAGUUGUCAUGCUGAGAUGGCGGUCGGCCCCCAGCUAUCUGCUGAGUAUGCUGAGAAUUCCAUUUCAAAUUUGGAGGAACAGCGUCAACAGCUAAGUGUUGAGAAUGCUAAAAAUCCCAUCUCAAAUUUGGAGGAACAACGUCAACAGCUAACUGAUGAGUAUGCUGAAAACCCCAUCACAAAUUUGGAGGAACAACUGGCAACGAUGUUCGAUGGGCCACACGUUGAAAGAGGAAGUGGAAAGGAAGGAAGUGAUGACCGGUUUGUAGUUAGAGAUGAUAGCAUAUCAGGAGCUGUUGAGGCUCCUGUUCCAACUGAGAACCGGGAAGUUGAUGAGCAUCACCAAUAUUUAAAUAGUGAUGCGUCUCAAUUGCGGCCAGACGCCGUCACUGAUGUAGCAGUGGCCAAUGGCUUUCAUCUCGAACCUUCAGAUAAUGCUGCAGAAAUAGGACCUCAGGUAACAUACCUUUCAGGUGCUGAGGCAGCUGAAGCAGCAGAUACUGUCUCUGCCGCUAAAGAAUUAUUGGCAUAUACUAAAAAUGGUGGAUUAGGUGGCGAUGGUGAUAUCAUGGCAGUUCCAACUCUAACAGAUUCAUUUAAUGAGUCCGGAAGGGAAGGUGCUGUUAUUAUACCGGAAGUAUCAUAUGGAUCUCCUAAUCGUGCACCGGCUGCUCAAGUUGAUAAGGCUCUGGAAAAGUUGAACAAUGAAAACCUUGGAGUUAGUAGUGACUGGCCAGAAAGCAACUACUUUACUUCUGAAACUGAAGCUGGACCGGAAAAUAUGGUAGAUGAUGCAGUUCUAUUGGAGGCUGCCCAAGACAGUGCUACAGUUGAAAUUGCAACUAGUUUAGAACAUAUAGUAGCAGAGAAUGUCAACCAGAGCUUUGGUGAUAAGGGUAUAGUCACUGAACAACCCAACACAGAUGCUUCACAUGAUGAGACGAAUAUGCAUAUGCUAGAUCAUUCCAUAGAAGCCGGAGACUAUCCAUGUAAACAAGAAGGUUUCUCCUACUAUAUGAUGGGUGCAGAUGUCACUGAUGCCAAUCCGGAUGACCUAAAUCAGGAUCUAGAUUACUCAGCUGUUGGAAACGAUACAGGGUUUCUGAACUCCGAUGAUGAUGAUGAUGAUGAUGAAGAAGCUGAAGCAGCUGCUGAUGAUUAUGUACCUGAUGCUGAUGUCGCCCGUAUCACUGAGAACAUUGGAUGGUCUUCUCGUACUAGGGCUGUUUCCAAGUAUCUCCAGACCUUGUUUAUUAAGGAAUCUGAGCGUGGGAGAACGUCCAUCUCCAUGGACAGUCUGUUAGUUGGUAAAACACGAAAGGAGGCGUCAAGAUUGUUUUUUGAAACUUUGGUUCUUAAAACAAGAGAUUACCUUCAUGUAGAGCAACUGAUACCAUUUGACGAUGUCACAAUAAAGCCUCGAAUGAAGCUUAUGAAAUCAGACUUUUGAAUCCGAUAUGUUUGGUGUAGGCUUAACAUGAAGAAAGUUGUUAAACAGAAAUAUGUAUUUCUAGUAGUUAGUCAAUUGGAGAAGUUUGUGAUCUACUCUUGCUAUAGUUCAUUCUUUACAGUGAUGUUUUGAUGGUCUCGUGUAGUUAGUUUUUUACUUGGCUGGCAGAGUAGAUCAUUUGACACAGGUGUGUGUUGCACUCUGUUGUACAAUGUAGCUUUUAUUUAUAUGUAAAUAUCCUGUAUAAUAUGUUGCCAUGGUACUGUUCUAAUUUCCAAUUCUUUAUCAUCAUGAUAAAGAAAAAUAGAUGCUUUUAUAUUUAUUUAGUCUUUUGUGGUA